UCCCAGCUCUAAUCGAUCAUCGCCUAAGGACAUCGAGAAGAUCAAGCAUUGGAGUUGCCGCGAUGGUUUCCUCCAUGACUUAGACAGCAGAAGUCCAUCACCUAGUCAAACCUUAAUCACGUAUAAUGACACUACUAGAAACGCGGCAGUGUAGCACGAGUAAUUGACCACACGCACAAGAGGAAGACUGAUAUAGCUAUGCCCUCACGAGUCCUUGUCGCCGUCUCGGCGAAGAUCAUGGCGCUGCUCCAAUUCCUCUUCCUCGCUCUCCUCUCGAUCGCCCUCGCCGUUGAUCGAAUGCCGCUGGGAUCGCGCCUGCUCGCCACGGAAUCCCUCAUCUCGACAAAUGGCACGGUCAAGCUCGAGUUUUUCUCGCUUACCAGUGGCAGCAGCAGUGAUCUCUACUUGGGCAUCUCCUUCAACACAAGAACCAGCGAAUUCAUCCCCAUCUGGAUCGCAAAUCGCGAUGACCCGGUGAGUUCCAACGCCUCGCUCCUCCUCACGAGCGAAGGCGAGCUCCAGAUCAUCGAUAGGGGGAGUAUCAUAUGGUCUGGCGCUCCCAGCUCCAGGAACUCGGGAACCACCCAAGCGGUACUCCUGGAUUCGGGCAACUUCGUCCUCACUGACGACUCCUUCGAUCCGAGUGACGAUAACGCGACGUAUCCCUGGCAGAGCUUCGAUCACCCGGCGGAUGCCUGGGUCCCAAGGAUGAAGAUGUUCCUGGGAGACAACCUCACGGCCUGGAAGUCGAGCGUCUCUCCGGCUAGUGGGCGAUUCGUCAUGACCAUGAGAACCUCUACCGAGUUCGUCAUCUCCACCACGAAUGAUACGUCGCGGGAGUACUGGACGUCCGGUGCCUGGAACGGCAGGAUCUUCUCGCUGGUACCGCAGAUGACCGACAACUAUCUCUACACGUUCAUCUUCAACGCCACCAAUCCUCCAUACUUCACUUGGUUCGAGAAGAGCUUCCAGCACUCCAUCUUUCGCCUCGGGCACGAUGGAAGGAUCGAGGUGAAGCAGCUGGAUGGAAACGGAAACUGGUACACCCCCUGGGUCGUCCCGGCUAACAUCUGCGGCGUGACUUCUCUCUGCGGAUCAAACUCGGUUUGCUCGAGCAACUCGAAUCCACCCUGUAGUUGUCCCACCGGAUCGAGCCCGAGCAACGGCACCAACUGGAGAACCGAGGACUGGGCCGAAGGCUGCACCGCUCUCUCGAGCCAAGCACGGAGAAGUUCUUCCAAGAUCUCGGGAGUUGCCGUCGGAGUCGGAGCCGGAGCUGGCGUCUUGCUGCUGCUGCUGGCUGGAGUAGCGGCGUUUGUGAUCGUCAGGAGAAGACGCAAGGCAAAGAGAGUGAGCUCCGGACGUGGCAGCAGUGAUGGUUCCGGCUAUAACUUUGUUAGUGGCGAGCUCGCUCAUUUCACGUUCAAGCAGCUCCAUGCGGCCACCGAUGGCUUCAGGAAGCAGCUCGGCAGCGGAGGCUUUGGAGAAGUCUUCAAAGGCAGCAUCCAAGGCGAGGCCGUGGCUGUCAAGAGGCUGAUGAGGUUCGAUGACAAGCAGUUUCGAGCGGAGGUGAGCACCAUCGGCACCAUCCAGCACAUGAACCUCGUCCGUCUUCGAGGAUUCUGUGCGGAUGGGGCGCUGCAGAGGCUCCUGGUGUAUGAGUUCGUCGAGAGAGGAUCACUGGACAGGAGCCUCUUCAACCGAGAUGCUGAAAAUUCUAUCGUGCUCAGCUGGACCCAAAGGUUCGGAAUUGCUCUCGGGACUGCCAAAGGACUUGCAUAUCUUCACGAGGAGUGUCGAGACCGGAUCAUCCACUGCGAUAUCAAGCCGGAGAACAUUCUCCUGGACGCUGAGAUGAAACCGAAAGUCGGCGACUUUGGCCUGGCCAAGCUUAUGGGACGAGAGUUCAGCCGAGUUGUGACGAGCAUGAGAGGAACCCGCGGCUACCUUGCACCAGAGUGGCUGUCAAACAUGCCCAUCACCCCCAAAGCCGACGUCUACAGCUACGGGAUGACGCUGCUGGAGAUCAUCAGUGGUCGCAGGAACGUGAACGUCCAGAGCAAACAACCUUUCUAUCCAUUCUGGGCUGCUCAGCAAGUUCGCAACGGUGAGUUCGCGAAGUUGCCAGAUGAUCGUCUUGAAGAGUGGGAUGAAGACGAGCUACGCCGGGCUGCCAAGACUGCUCUCUGGUGCGUGCAGGACGACGAGAUCAACCGGCCCAGCAUGAAAACCGUGGUGCAAAUGCUCGAAGGAAGUGCUACUGACUUCCCAGACCCAGUGAUCCCGAGUUCGUUUGAGAUCUGGCUUGAGAUUGAAGAAGAAAGUGGUUGACAUGAGUACCAAAGAAUGGAGAACACUCACAGCGCAUUCUUUCGGGAUACACCUGCCUGUUUUUGUUCGAAAAUGUGAGUUGUCUACUUACUUAUCGUGCUUGGUACUCGCCAGCUAAAUUUUAUUUGAACUCGGCAGCCUGCCUAAUAAGGUCCGGGAAA